AUGGCAAACCAGCCCCCUAUCCCUCAGAAGAUGAAAGCUCUGAGAUUACUUGAGUAUAACAAGGGUUAUAAACUUCACGAUGAUGCCCCAGUCCCGUCCCCAAAGCCAGAUGAGGUUCUUAUUCGUGUAGCAACUGCUGGAUUCUGCCACUCUGAUCUCCUAGUAUAUCAGGGUCUUACGCAGGUACCGUUGCCGUUUAUCGGUUCUCAUGAACCAGCCGGCACUAUAGUUAGCCGUGGGUCUGACGUGCCAGUAGUGUGGCAUAUAGGAGAACGCGUAGGAGUUACAAACUUCAUGGACCCUUGCGGAAAUUGCAAGGGGUGUAAAUGGGCAGCCCAGGCUAUCGGGUCUCUUGAUCCAAGGUUCUGUGACAACAGAACCAUGUGCGGUAUUCUCCAUCGUGACGGAGCCUUCGCUGAGUAUAUGACUUCAUGGCAUGGCGCUCUUGUUCAUUUGCCUGAUAGUAUGGGUUUUGAACAGGCAGCCCCUUUGAUGUGUGCUGGAGCAACUAUUUGGCACGCCAUCAAUCAAGCGAGUGUGGAAACAGGCCAAACUAUAGCUAUCAUUGGAAUAGGAGGUCUUGGGGUCCUUGGUAUCCAAUUCGCAAAAGCUCGAGGUUAUCGAGUUGUAGCCAUUGACAACCAUGAGAUAGGGCUGAGGCUCGCAACAGAGGUCCCUUCUCAUCUCAAACCGGAUCUUAUCCUCAAAUACGACGAUCCAGAAACGAUCCAAAAGGUCUCGGAUUUCACGGACGAGAUCGGUCUCAAAGCUGCUGUUGUAUGUACCAGCGAUGACGACGUUAACGACUGGGCUGCUCAUCGAUUGCAACCAAGAGGAGUGCUGGUCGCAGCUGGCUUCCCAGAAAACGGACUCAGGUUUGAUCCAAUGAAUCUUGUGUUGAGAGAGAUUGUAGUCAAGGGUAUCGUUCAUUGCAGUAUGGAGGAAACCAGAGAGAUGAUGAAGUUUGUGACUGAGCAUGGGGUUCAAAGUCAUCUGAGCUUCCUUACGAUGGAGGAGGCAGAAGACAUUAUUGCAAAGUCCCAAGCUCAUGUGUUAAUCGGUCGUCCAGUCGUCAAGAUUGAAGAGUAG